AUGGCAACUUACAUAAUCACCUUGAUUCUGGUGAUCAUGGCACUCUUCCAAUUAACAACGUCUACGAACAUUCCUCCAAAGGAUCAAGAUCUCAGUGUCGCUAUUCAAGAAAUGCAGAAGGCUAACUACUUCACCUUUGUCAUGCUGAUCAACAUGUCUCCCCGUGAUCGAAAAUUGCUCGGGAAUGUCACUUUCUUGAUGCCUAAUGAUCGGAUGUUGUCAAAAGCAACAAUUCCACAAAAUGCAGUUUCCAGCUUCUUGCUUCGCCAUUCAGUCCCUUCUCCUUUGCUUUUUGAGCAUCUUCAAUAUGUUCCAACAGGUUCGGUUCUUCCCAGUUCAAUGCCUGAGUACAUGCUCAGUAUUUCAAAUGGUGGUGGCAGGAGAAGUUUCUUCCUCAACAAUGUGAGAAUCAUCAGCCCGAAUAUAUGCACAGCAGGAUCUUCCAUCCGGUGCCAUGGCAUUGAUGGGGUGUUGACUUCAGUGAAGUCGCCAGGAAGUAACACAUCUCUACCUACUUGUUCUAACAACCCACACCCAGGCUCUGUAGCAUCAGCCUCCCCAGUGGCUUCACCACCAUCAGCAGUUUCAAUGCUUCCUUUCCCUGAUGGAUUUCCUGUGCCUGCCCCGCAACCAUCUGACAGCAGCCAACAUAGUUCAGGAUCUUCUCAGUUUCUGUCCGAUAGAAAACUGUCUAAAUUUAUGGGGACUCUUUUAGUAGUUUCAAUGAUCGGUGUUUCCAUUUGAAAGUUUUAUGAAUAUUUGAUAAACUUGCUAACUAUAUAGUCUUUGAUUAAAUGUUGAGAAUUGUACAUGUACUUACUGAUGCUUGGUAAGAUUUUCAUAUAUCAGAUUCAAUGUAUGAUUGUAGUUCAUUGGUGUUUUGCCAUAAAUGUCCUUUUUCCCUUAAAUAAUAUUGAGCAAAAAUUAAUUCAAACAUAUGCAUAAAUCAUUGAA